AUGCGGCCGAAGUUGAAUGCCUGGGAUCAACGGUGGGAGCCGUGGGAGAUCAGCAUCACCCUGCACCCCGCCACGGCCCAGGACCAGGAUUCUCAGUACGUCCGGUUCACCCUGCUGCUCUCCGUGCCCCCCCAGUAUCCCAACAAGGCUCCAGAAAUCUCAAUCAGGAACCCACGGGGGCUGUCAGAUGAGCAAAUUCAAAAGAUUUCCCAGACCCUCAGAAGCAUUGCUGAAGCCAGGCUGGGGACAGAAGUGCUCUAUGAACUGAUUGAGAAGGGGAAGGAGAUUCUCACUGACAACAACAUUCCUCAUGGCCAGUGCGUAAUCUGCCUCUAUGGAUUCCAGGAGGGAGAAGCCUUCACAAAGACCCAGUGCUACCACUACUUCCACUCCCACUGCCUGGCCCGCUAUGCCCAGCACAUGGAGAUCCUCAUGCAACAGGAGGAGAGAGAGCAGCACCUGGCGCCAUCCCCCAAACAGGAAGUUGGUGUGCAGUGCCCCGUCUGCCGAGAGACCCUGGUCUACGAUCUCUGUGCUCUGAAGGCAGCACCGCCCCCACAGCACCCGCUGGAGCCAUACAGGCCAGAUGCCAAGACCCUCCAGCACCAAGAAGAACUGCGCUUAAUUUUCAAGAGACAGCAAGAGAAAGGGGGCAUCAUUGACCCUGAAGCAGAGAGGAACCGUUACUUCAUCAGCCUCCAGGCGCCUCCAGCUGCUGUCGAUCCGAGCCAAGCAGCCACUGCCUCCGAGCUGCCGGUGAGUGCAAGCGCUGUGGAUGCGCCCCAGCUGCCCAGCCAAGCCUCAGCUCCAGAGCCAGCCGGGGUGCCAGAGGCCAGGGCAGAACCCGGGCGGCCCGAGAGGCCUGCUGUGCCCAGGGAGCAACAGAGCAAGAGGGAGAGGCACAGAGGGGAGAGGCCGGGCCCCAGAAGCCAGGGCAGGCAGUCGUGCAGCAGCUCGCAGGAACCGACAGAGGAAGGCUGUCAUCUGCUCCACGGCUCCAGGGGGCCCAGGGCCUUCAGCCGGAGACCAGAGCGGAGACCUGGUGGGAGGCACAGCCAGGAGUUUACAAAGCCUCACAGCAGAAGCAGGGCUGCUGCCUUGACCGAAAGAAAGGAGUUGUGCCCUGAAGACCCCUCACCGGUAACAGAGGCAGUGGACUUGAAAGAGGAACACCGUGAUGUGGAGAGAUGGACCCCGGAGGAGGGGGCCGAGGCCCGCGGCAGGGAGAAGGAGAACCUAGCCUUCAACCGCAGCGACCACAGAGCAGCUCCCAGCUGGCAGGGCCACCACAGGCCCUGGGAUUGUGGAAGGUGGGAGAGGUCCAGGGUCCAGGAGCGUGGUUCCUACCCCAGAGCACCAAGAGGGCGAGGGGUGUUCAGGCCCAGUGGACGUCGAGAAGCCCAUCUCCUCGAGAAGGAGAGUGGCUCCUAGCAGGAGUGGUGAGGGGCUGGGCUGGGGGAGGGAAGGGCUUUUUCUGGGGAGAACAGUGAAGGCUCUGGUGGAGCAGUAGCAAGCAGACACUUGGGAGGGAGGAGGCAGUUGGCAUGUGGUACAGCUUGGGACAGGCAGUAUCUCCAGGGUACGUGCAGAGUGAAGCAUCCUGGCGUGAGCAA